CAAGCAAUAUGAAGUCAGUCCUCCAGGCUGGUUGGCUGUUGACUGUUGCUGUGGGGAACAUCAUUGUGCUCAUUGUGGCUGAGGCAGGCUCACUUCCAGAUCAGUGGGCAGAAUACGUGCUGUUCGCAUGUCUCCUGGUGGCCGUCAGUAUCAUCUUUGCAUUCAUGGCUUACUUCUACACCUACAUAGACCCGGCGGAAAUUGAGGCUAAAUGUAUGGAGCUUGAGCCAGAAGAUAAGAAAAAGAGCGAGCUUGAAAUGAUGACGAAAGACAAUUUGGCAUAUGUAAACAAUGAGAUGUCAAAUAACACAGACGCCAAACAGACGAAGAUCUAGACACAUGGCUUAUUUUUUCUCUUGAUCUGUGGUUUGAAAGUGCUGGUGUUCCCUUUACUAUUGACCGAAGAACUGAUUCACCAUUUGUUAUGCAGUAGCAAAAGUACAACACAAUCCUAAAUCAGCCCAAGAAAAGCAAAUUCUACCUGAAAUUGAAUGGUGUGUUUUGGGACGACAACCAUGGGCAGAAGGUUUGGUAGUUUCAUAGAGCAUGAUAUGGUUAAGAUCAGCGUUAAAGUGGCUGUGCGUUGGUGCCUUUGCAGGCGGGUUUUAUUUAUAAGUGUAGAUAAUCUGUGAACAUAAGUGUAUAAGUUACUAUCAAUAAAUAAAUAGAUACGUGAAAAAAGAGCAAGUGAUGCU